AUGUAUUUAUAGUGACAGCCCGGUCCCGUUCUUUAUAGCCAAUACAACUGGUUGCAGUGUAACUCAGGUACUUUGUGAAGUGUAUGUGUAGAUGCACGUUGCCGAGUCUGUUAUUUGGAUCUGUGACAGCUGCAGUUAAGAUGGCGAGCACAGGUGGUUCUGAUGAUGAUCUCAGCGAUUGGGAGGGUCCCGUGGACAUCGACUUGGAUGCUCCCCCAAGUAAACAGAUGAAUCCAUGGAGUGUGGUGACUAGUGUGGCCAAAUGGGUGGGAGUGGGCAAAAACAAGAAGUUGUGGACACAGCUCGCUGGACACCAAGGCAGUUUCCAGGCAGGAGAAUCCCAGACUGUCCUCAAGAAGCUGUUGGAGCGGGAACGACAGUGUUACGUCAAUAUACAGUGUGAUCUCCUUAAAGACUUCACCCCGGAAUAUAGAGGGGAGGUCCAAAAACAAGGGGAGACUUACCUCCAACUGCAGGACUUGUUGAGUGGGUUCACCUGCCCGUGUGUCAUGGACGUAAAGAUGGGCUGCCGCACUUAUCAUGAGGAGGAGUUGAAGAACGCCAGGGAAAACCCAGUAUUUAGAAAGGACAUUUACAGGAAGAUGACUGAUCUUGACCCAGAUGCACCGACGCCAGAGGAGAGGGAGAAAGGGGGUGUGACCAAGGCUAGGUACCUGAGAUGGAGAGAUGAGAUGAGUUCCUCUGUCAAUCUCUCAUUCCGCAUCGAGGGAAUUCGGAAAGAUGACGGCAGUUCCAGUAAGGACUUCAAACGAGUGAACCGUCGCAACCAAGUGAGAGAGAAGUUUAGAUUCUUUCUUGGAGGAAAUAAGAUCGCCUUGGAGGCCUACCUUAAGCGUCUGGAGGCAAUCAAAGCUGCUGAAGAAUCGUCAGAGUUUUUCAGUCAGCAUGAGUUGGUCGGGAGUUCCCUGCUUUUUGUGCACGAUUCAGAGAAAGCCAACAUAUGGAUUAUAGAUUUCGGUAAGACCCUGGCCCUGCCGGCGGGAGUGAAGAUCGACCAUCGGACUCCAUGGGUGGAGGGAAACCACGAGGACGAGUAUCUCAAAGGCCUUGAAAAUCUCAUUGCUAUCUUCACGGAACUGGCCAAUGCCACAUAAAGGUCAGGGAAGAGACAUGCAUCUACCGCACUACCUUGUAGUAACGUCCAGCGUCCAGCUGAUUUCCCUGUGUAACUCGGUGUCAUGAUGCGGCCUCCUAUUUGUACCUCCGUACCCUACACAUGUUCCAUCUCGCAUCUUAGACUUCUGACAGUUCCAGGAGCCCGUUUCACAAAGAGAUCGUAGAGCUAAGACGGUCGUACGUCUAUGUUAAAGUAUAGGAGUUACGGUAGUCGUAGCGCUACGAUCGCUUUGUGAAACGGGCCCCAUCUUAAAUUUGAUGUAAGUUCCUAGGCCCCGUUCCACAAAGCGAUCGUAUCAACGACAUUCGUAAGUCUAUGUUAAACUAUGGGAGUUACGCUCGCCUUAGCGCUAUGAUAGCUUUGUGGAAUGGACUCCUGCAGGGCCCCGUUCCACAAAGCGAUCUUAGCGCUAAGAUGAUCGUAACUCCAAUUCUUUAACAUAGACUUACGACAGACAUAGCGCUACGAUCGCUUUGUAGAACAGGGCCCUUGCCAUUUAUAUUGACUUUGUCCGAUUUAUGGAUAA